AUGGCUGCCCCCGCCCCCAGCAGCGCAGGGAUUGUGCAUCCUGACGACCGCCAAAUCGUCGAGAAGUUGGCCAAGUUGCAGGAUAUGUAUCAACAGAUCGGUGCGCUGCGGACUCUCUUGCCCGAGAAACUGAUCAACCCAACUCGGUUCGCACUGGACAACCCCGACGGCUAUGAUCCCGAGAAGCUUGCUGCUUUUCUGCAGGGUGCCGCCCAAGCAGGCAGUCGCGACAUUGGGAAAUUCAAGCGGGACUGGCACAGUGAGAACGUGCGAGGACUCUGGCACACUGUCAAUACCAACGAACUGCCUCAGGGUGCAGAUGCUUGGACUGUCGACUACGAGCUCCUUGCCCGCGAAACUGGCGCCAAAGAUGACCGUAAGGCGGCCAUCAAUGCCGCCGAUGAUCAGUUUCAGCUGCCUACCCAGGCUGAUACCGCCAAGAUUGUCAACGACUUUCGAGCCAGGUACCCAGCACUGAAAAUAAAGGUGUCUAAUGAAGUCGACAUCCUGCCGAUCGACCUCAAUGUUGCCCAUCUCGACUUCUGUGUCGACCGAGACCAAACAUCGGGAAAUGCGCAGUACACAGUGAAGGGUCGUCCCACCAAUCAGCCAUCCUUGCUCCGAGACGAGAUCGUCAAGACCAUACAUGCCAGUGAUGGAGCCACUGGUCUUGCUGACAUACUAGACAUACUCGCCGCUUACCGUGACAUCAAAACAAGACCUUGCGACAAGUGCAGCAAACUUUUCAGCAACACUAAACUGCAACUUCCGUUGAUCAGACGGCUGAAGACUGGAGUAGGCGAGAAGGAGCCACAGUUCGUCGCCCUCCACCGAGACUGUGCGUAA